AUGUUCCAUACAUUCGAGGGAUUCGAGAACCCCACGGGUUUAAUCCAAACCCGGGGUCGCAACGAACGUCAGCCGUCGGUCGGUCGGCGCGUUACGACUCUUCGCGCCUGUACAUCCUGCAGACAUCGAAAGAUCAAGUGUGACGGAGAGAAGCCUUGCGAGGCGUGCAGAUGGUAUAAGAAGGCGGAUCAGUGUCAUUAUUCGGACCCUCGGCCAUCUCGGAGACAUGUGGAGAAACUUUCUACUACUCUCGAUGAAUACCGCAGUAUUCUCGAGAAGCUCUUCCCCACGGUGGCACCGGAGACCCUGCUCAAUUUGCCACGCGAGAAGCUCGUGGAGCUAAUGGGCAAGGGUUCGUCGCCGGUGCAUGCUCAGGUGCCACCGCCCCAUCAUCCAGCGUCCCCGGCUACUUCUGCCUCGGUUGACGCCCAUGUGUCGCCCAUGUCCAAUGAAGAUGGCAAUCUCGAGUCGCUCCAAACAAUGCCUGAUGAUUCCAACGCGCGCAAUCUGGGCGGUGCGGAGAUGGCCAACGGCAUUUCUGACGAUGUCAACGCCCUUUCCCUCUCCGCCCGACAGGCCUCCUCAUACUUGGGCGUCUCUUCCAUCAACGCCGUGCUCAAAGUGAUCGUCUGGCUUGACCCUGGCUGUCUGGGCUACUUCUCUCGCACUCCGGCCGUCAACCGCCAGGAGUCGGCCAUGGACUAUCCUCCCCCUCCUCCUCUUUCAGAUACCCAGACCUGGGGAUCAUCCCAAGCACAGCCCGAAACGCCCCCGCAACCCCAAUUGCAAGUUACCGACCAACAACUCCUCGACGCCUAUUUCACAUAUUUCCAUCCGUUCGUUCCCAUGCUGGAUGAACAGUGCUUCCGCGAGACCUACGUCUCCGGUCGGCGGAGAGACGAUCGUUGGCUCGGGCUGCUGAACAUUGUCUUUGCCUUGGGCAGCAUAGCAGCGGGCACGGCGGACGACGUUUCGCACAAAACAUACUAUGCACGGUGUAAAAGGUACGUGAGCCUGGAGUCGCUGGGCUCCUCCCACAUGGAAACCAUCCAGACCCUGGGUCUUCUGGGUGGCUAUUAUCUGCACUACAUCAGCCAGCCAAACUUGGCGUACAGUCUGAUGGGAGCAGCACUGCGCAUGGCUGCCGCCUUGGGGUUCCACAAGGAGUUUUCAGAGACCUCGGAUAGUCCGAAGAAGCAGAAUAUCUCGUCUGCGGACCUCAAGCGGCGAGUGUGGUGGUCGCUGUUCUGCAUGGACACUUGGGGCGGGAUGACUCUUGGUCGUCCAAGCAUGGGCCGGUUUGGCCCGACCAUCACGGUCAAGCUGCCCCAUUGUCGAGAAUCAGAAAACGUACUCGACAUCCUCCCUCUACUUGAAAACGUUCGGUUCUGCAAGAUCGCUACACAGAUCCAGGAAGUCCUGGCUGUGUCGCCAUUGACGAGACACCAUGAAAUGUUUCAUUUCGAUAACCAGCUCCUGGAAUGGUACGAGAAUCUCCCGUACAUUCUGAAGGAUCAUGAGCCAUGCUCGGAGUCCAUUGCGGUCGCAAGGACGGUGAUGAAAUGGCGCUACCUCAACCAACGCAUGCUGCUGUACCGGCCAACGCUGCUGAGCUAUGCUAUGCGUCGCGUUCCCUACAUCGCGUUGCGGUCUGAAGAACGGACCUCAAUCGAGCGAUGUCGAGAGAUCGCUGAGGCCACCAUUUCAGACAUUUCCUCGACGGCGCAGUCGCACGGGAUGUCGGGCUGGAAUGCUGUCUGGCUGCUGUUCCAGGCAACGAUGGUACCGCUCUUGGGACUCUUCCUGAAUGACAACACUACCAGCGACCCCAGAGCGAGCAUCGAAUCGUGUCAGGGGCAAGUCGAAAUGGCGAUGCUCAUUCUGGCGCGGUUGCAGCCCUGGAGCCCGACCGCCAAGCGAACCCUUGAUGCCGUCGCCCGCAUUUUCGAGGCCAGUAAACGCGGCCCGGAAAUGACCGACAUGAACGGUCAGUAUGCCACCCCGCGAGAUAGCAUUGUCUCGGGGGUCGCUCCAGCGAUUCUUCCCUCGCAGAACGAGUUCGGCCGGGGAACGAUGGUGGCCAACGAGGUCAGCUUUACGGAUCCUUUUGCGCCGUCGUUCAUGGAUGACUCGGCUGGUCAGCAGCUCUGGGACUUCCUCAGCUGGAGCGACAGCAGUCUGUGGCCUGGGGUUGCUGAUCUCGACUGCUCGCCGGAGACCAAUCCAUUUGAUGACAAGGGACUGAAGUACGGCAGCAACGCGUCAGCGUUUUUCGGGAUGAGCGACUCCACCUAUUUCCCGAACCCUCCGCUGGCAUUUUACUAG